UCAAGAAGUAGUCAGCAGAUCUGAUUAACCAACAGGCUGAUGAUACCAACAUUCCACCACACACCCACCACCACCAAGGUCUUUUCCUUUUUACUGUCACAUAAUUUUCAUUUCCUCCUCAAGUUUUUGACCACUUUCAAAGAAGAGAAAAGAGAAACCAAGCAACAAGUUAGGAAGAAAAUGGUGGCUGGGAAUGGGCUGUUUUACCCAAUCCUUGGAUUCGCCUCGUGUAUGGCGUUCAUCUACUUGUCAUUCGGUGAUGUUAAGGUCAACCUGAGUCUCGGCAAAGGACCGGAAAUGGAUUUUGUGGAGAGGAAUGGAACCAAAUUCAUGGUGAAUGGAAAACCCUUUUACAUUAAUGGGUGGAAUUCUUACUGGUUGAUGGAUCACGCCGUGAAUGAUUAUAGCAGAAGUCGGGUCGGGGCAAUGCUUCAAGCCGGAUCCAAAAUGGGUCUCACCGUUUGUCGGACUUGGGCCUUUAAUGAUGGCACUUACAAUGCCCUCCAGGUUUCCCCUGGUGUCUUCAACGAGCGAGUUUUCCAGGCAUUGGAUUAUGUCAUCGCAGAAGCGCGACGGCAUGGUAUCAGGCUGCUUCUUAGCUUAGUAAAUAACUUGCAAGCAUAUGGUGGGAAGACUCAGUAUGUCAAGUGGGCAUGGGAAGAAGGCCUUGCUUUAAGCGCUUCCAAUGAUUCCUUCUUCUUUGAUCCAUCUAUCCGCGACUAUUUCAAGAAUUACGUCAAGACUAUCCUGACAAGAAAGAAUACCAUCACCGGCGUUAGAUACAAAGAUGAUUCGACCAUAUUUGGAUGGGAGUUGAUCAACGAACCUCGUUGCAUCACAGAUGCUUCAGGCGACACUCUUCAAGAUUGGCUGGAAGAAAUGUCUGCGUUUGUGAAAUCAAUAGACAAGCGUCAUCUACUGACUAUUGGUCUAGAAGGAUUUUAUGGUCCAAAAAGCCCUAAAAGGUUGACCGUGAACCCUGAAGAGUGGGCCUCCCGUCUAGGAGCGGAUUUUAUCCGUAACUCCCAGAUUCCGUACAUUGACUUUGCAUCGGUUCACAUAUAUCCUGACCAUUGGUUUCAUGGUCUAGCAUUUGAAGACAAUCUGAAAUAUCUCUCCAAGUGGGUGCGGUCUCACAUUGAAGAUGGUGACAAAGAGCUGAUGAAGCCAGUCAUGUUCACCGAAUUUGGACUGUCAAACCUCAACAAGGACUUCGAACCAUCUCAGCGAGACAAAUAUUACAUAACCAUUUACGACUUAAUUUACAAAUCUGCAAAGAAAGGCGGGGCAGGUGCUGGCGCUUUCAUCUGGCAGUUUCUGGUUGAAGGAAUGGAAGAGUACAACGAUGAUUUUGGAAUGAUCCCAUGGGAAAACCCUUCAAUUUAUUCGUUGGUGGUGAGACAAUCAUGCAGGUUGGCUAGACUCCAAGGAGUGACUCAACAACAGGGAAAUUUGAAUGCCUUGUGUAUGCAAAGACAGUGAUUUUCCGACCCCAGGGGGGGAAAAAAAGUUAUUGUUUUAAUUUUUUCUUUUGGUGGUAAUAUGUUUCAUUGGUAUGGCUUUUUAUGGUGUUGAGAGUUCACUUAUUUUGUUUAA